UUCUGACGUGAUCCGGACCGGAGAAGUGCAAGUGCGGAGAAGUCGAGAACGUGGUUGCGGACAGGAAUAAUGGAAAUCAUCUGUUCCAAAGAACUGUUCUGAUCAUGAGAAGUGAGAUUUGAUAUCAAAGUUCUAUUGGCAAGGAAGGUUAAACGCAUAUUAUAGUGCUGCAAAUGGGAACAUAGGGUUAUACGCGAUAGGUGCCGUGUUCGUUGGUUAGGAAAGGCGAGCGGCAGAGCGGCCUUUUUCCAAAAAAUGGAUUUAAUUAUUGGACAUCAGAGGAUGAAGCUCUCCAAUUUGUUCAUGAGGUCAAUCUCAAAUUUCUUGCCAAAUACUUCUAUUGGGUCAGUUCGUUGUCUUUGUUACGCUAGUACGAGACUAGAAAAAAUAACACUCGCAGGAGACGAUCCUAAUUUCGGGACGAGAUUACCUAAUUACCAAACAUUUAGAAAUUAUUCUCUCGUAAAUCAAAGGCUUUUUAAAGAUGCAUUCUGUGAAUUCGAACCUAGAACAGUUCGAAAUUAUACAACAGAAACUCCAAAGAAGGAGUCAACUGAGCCUAAACCAUCUAUUUUCCAAAGGAUGAAACAGAUGUCAAAAGAUUAUUGGCACAUCCUAAUUCCCGUGCACGUAGCCACUUCUCUCGUAUGGAUUUCGAUAUUCUAUAUUGCUGUUAAAAAUGGCGUGGAUAUCGGAGAAAUUUUUAAAUAUUUAAAUCUUAGUGAAACUUAUGUGGAGAAGAUACGUAAUUCGAAAGCGGGGCACUGGGCAGUGGCUUAUGCCUUGUUUAAAGUCUGCACUCCAAUUAGAUACACUGUCACAAUUGGAGGAACGACAAUGACGAUCCGGUACUUCAAUAAAUGGGGGAUAAUGAAAUUCAAAACGCCCGAAAAAAUGAAGCCUGCUUGUGAAGUUUUACGAUAUGCUGUCAAGUAAAAGUAUGGCACAGCGAAAGGCAAGAUUCGGGAAAACCGAUGUCAAAACGAAAACGGCUACUGACCCGCCAAAAACGUAGCAUUGGAUUUUCCGUUCCAGUCGCUGGAACACGGUAUGAAUGGGGUAUAUUCGUUGAAAAUAAUUAUUUUGCGCAAAUGUGUAUUUUUACAUGAUGGAACCUAAAACAAGGAAUGUACAAACUUCAAAAGCUUACUAGAUAGUAUCUUGUCUUUAUUAACCAGUGGCAAUAAUCACCUAACGCACCAUACAUGUGUUUAAAUAAAAUUGUACUUUUUAUCUACAAAUAAUCCCCUGUCAAGGAUUCAAAUAGAAUUAUCAACUAUAUCCGUAAAUUUUCAGAAAAAAAAAAAAAUAGAAAAAAGAAAUAAAUGUGAGAACAGUUAAGGU